UUGAAAGAGGAAUGAGCUGCUUGCUUAACCGCAAGUGAUGACCAGUAGAGAGAACCGUGGGGCGAAGCGGCGCGUGCUCCGCCUCCUGCACGAUCGCGAUACCCGUGUCCGCCUCACCAAGAUCCACGCCCACAUCCUCCACCACCAUCCCCACGGCUCCGACCUCGUCUCCACCUGCGCCGCCGCCCGACGCCCCUCCUACGCUCUGCGCCUCUUCCGCCAUCUUUCUUCCGCCUCCCUCCUCCUCUUCGGCGCCGCCAUCAAGGUCCUCUCCCUCGUCGCUGCCUCCGCCGCGGACGCUUUCCGCCUCUUCUCCCUCCGCUCCCGCUCCCUCUUCCCCGACCGCCUCACACUCGCGCCCCUCCUCAAGGCCGCCACCCACCUCGCCGACCUACGCCUCGCCCGAUCUCUACACGCCCUCACCCUGUCCUCGGGAUUCGCUUCUCACCCUCCCGUCGCUGUCGGGGUCAUUGAACUUUACGCUGCCUCUGGUCACAGGUUCGACGCCCAAAACUUUUUCGACGAAAUGCCACGCAGAGAUAUCAUCGCGUGGAAUCUAAUGAUCAAUGGCUUCUGCCGAAGAGGCGACGUGGAAAGCGCGAUUGGCCUCUUUAGAUGGAUGAGCGAGAGGAGCGUGGUCACUUGGAAUUCCAUGAUUGCCGGCUUCGCCCGUCGUGGCAGAGACGCCGUCGCAUUGCAGUUUUUCCAGGAGAUGUGGGACUACUCCGGGUUUGAACCCGACGACGCCACAUUGGCCGCAGUGUUGCCGGUCUGCGCUCGGUCGGGUAACUGCGAUGUCGGGAGUAAAAUACAUCGCUAUGCCGAAAGAAAAGGAUUGUUGAAGGACGCCGUGCACGUCGGGAACUCAAUCAUCGACAUGUACUGCAAAUGCGGGGAUUUGGCCAGCGCUAAAUCGGUUUUCGACCAGAUGCCCAGGAAGAGUGCGGUCAAUGGCCUUGAUUUGUUCGAUGAAGUGAUGAGGAGAGGCGAGAAGCCCAACGCCGGAACGUUCAUGGGAGCUCUCGGCUGCUGCACUCAUGGUGGCUGGGUAGACAAGGGUCGAGAGUUGUUCCGCUCGAUGCUUGCUGAGCGUGGAAUCCAGCCGUGGCACGAGCAUUACGGCAGCAUGGUGGACCUCUUGGGGAGGUGCGGCCAUGUCGAAGAGGCUCAUGACUUGAUCAGGAGUAUGUCUAUGAGGCCGAACGCCGCCAUUUAGGGCGCGUUGCUUAGUGCGUGCAGAAACCACCGGGAGGUUCGCGUUGCAGAGGUGGCCGCCAAGGAGCUUAUUGAGCUUGAGCCAUGGAAUUCGGGGAACUACGUGCUGUUGGCCAAUCUUUAUGCGGAGAUGGGACGAUGGGAGGCUGCGGAGGAAGUGAGGAGGUUGAUGAAGGGGAAUAGCGUGCAGAAGGCGCCAGGGCGGAAUCUUGUAGGCUCAGAAUGCGGCUGAGGAAGAACUCAAACUGGAGAAGACGAAGUUCUUCGUUCAAUUGGUGGAGCUUGCGAUUGCCCCACUGCCUAUCUUGUGGACAAAACCAGGCGGCAAACGAGUUACAAUCAGAAGCAGCGGAAGAAGAGGAUUUUUCGGUCCGAACUCUUCUGGUAAACAUAUAUUUAUUGAGAUUAAUCGACUUACAACAAGAAACCUUUCGUCGAACACCACUAGCACGUUAUCUUGUGCGAACUCUUAUUCUUCAAUCCGCAUGAAUAAUCAGAACAUCCGUCUUCUGAUCUUUGCCCUCCAUCUUUGAGAGCAUUGAUCAGUACAGAGAUCCCACAAAUUCAAAGGGCGCUACUACUGUCUAUACGAGCUUUGUUGACGAAGCAAUCCUACGUCUUAUUCUUACUUUUUUAUUGCAGCUCCUAUCGACGCAGAGAUUCGGCCUGCAA